UUGAGUGGAAUAAAACGUAUAAUCUUGUAAAUUACAUAUAUAUAGAUACAUCUAGAUGAUGGGAAGGAGACCGUGCUGUGAUAACACCGGGCUGAACAAGGGGGCAUGGACUGCUGAAGAGGACAAGAAGCUCGUCAAUUUCGUUAUCACCAAUAAUUACAAGUGCUCCUGGAGAGAUGUUCCUAAACAUGCAGGACUACUAAGGUGUGGUAAGAGCUGCAGGCUGAGAUGGGUAAACUAUUUAUCACCGGAUUUGAAGAGGGGCCUUUUAACCGAACACGAAGAGAAGCUUGUUAUUGACCUCCAUUGUCAAUUUGGCAACAAAUGGUCAAAGAUUGCUUCACACAUGCCGGGGCGAACUGAUAAUGAAAUCAAGAAUCUGUGGAAUACCCACAUCAAGAAAAAACUAAGGAAGAUGGGAAUUGAUCCUCUCACUCACAAGCCACUAAAUGCUGAUCCUCCACCGGAUAAUCAUCACGAUCACUACCAACCCCAAGAAGCAGAACUACAAAAUGGAGAAGAAACACAAGGGCAUGAUAAAGAUCAAGAAGAUGAGAUUUCGUUAAUUUUUGAGGAGUCGACCAUCACUCACGCUGAUGAUCAACCGGCUAAAGAGCAAGAAUUAAUGGACACUGGCGAUGGUUUUUUACAUCAAGUCCCGAUGAAUAUUGAACCCAAUGAAAAUAAUGAUAAUGCCUUUUCUAUAUAUGAAGUCCCACUUAUUGAACCCUAUAAAAACAUAGAAGGUGGCUUUUCUACCCAUGAAGUUCUCUUGCUUGAACCCAAUGAAAACACUAGAGAUGGUUUUUCUACAAAUGAAGUCCAGUUCACUGAAUCCGAAGGAACUCUCUCGGGUCCUGAUUUACCAUCAUCUUGUUCUUCAACUACUUGUUAUAAUACAAGUGCAUCAACUACAAUUUCUAUUUCAACAACCAACUCAAUUCUUGAGGAUUUGAAGUCUUUGCAAUCUUUUGAAGAUUGGCAAAGCGAUGGUCACAGAAAAAUUUGCAUGGAAAACCCGGGUGACGCUUAUGAGGAUGAUUUCAUCGAUUGGAAUUGGUUGAUUAAUGAUUUUGAUAUUGACACAAUUGAUUUUGAACUUAUUAAGUCUCUUCCUGACCCUAUUACUCUCCAGAAUAAUCUUGGAUGAAGAAUGUUGCCAAGUACUAGCUGAUCUAGUCUAUAGUAAUAAUGAUUUAAGAGUUAGUUAUACUCUCUAUUUACUUUAACUUAAUUGUAUCUUUCAACUAUAUUAUUGGAAUAAAUCAAAUAUCAGUUGCCUUUCAAUCUAAUAAUAUCUUCAUUCCUUU